UCCAGGCGCGUCAAGUUGGGUACCUAGGUAGGUACCUAUCUAGGGUUUGACCCAUACGGGGUCGGUGUGUGGGAGUUGGAUGGAGUUGAUUUCCAAGCUGCAUGAAGCGCUUGUAUACGUAUUCGCCAAAAUCAAAACUAAUAGUGCCUGGACCACUCGCUGUCCUUUGGCUCCCUCUUGCCGUUCGCGUAAAGGCUCUCGUACCGGUGGCCCAUGACGCAACGUUCGGCACAUUCCUUGAUGGCACUCUCCUCCUGGGGCAGCCAGAAUCGUUCGUUCAGCUCCCGCCUUACAGAUUAUCCACUGAAUGCCCAGGCCCAAGGAAGGCAGGCAUGGAACCCGGCAAGAGCAUCGUCGGCCAGUCGUUUCAGGGGCUGGACAAGAGCUUGGUAGGCCGCCAUUACCGUAUCCCCCUCCUCAACAGUUCUGCUGUCGUAGUGUGUGAACCACUUGCCGCUUUUCAUUUUUGCUACGAUGAAUCGUAAAUUGAUCCGGACAGGUUCACUUUGUGGUCCUGGAACCAAUCGACGGUUUCCCUCCAGUCCCGCAUCGCGGGAGAAUAGUAGAGCAGCGGCUUCGGCGUGAAUGGUGCGUCAAGAAAGGAGCAAACCGUGAAAAGAGCGCGGGUCCGGCGGAACGUCCAUAGCCCACACGCUGUAACCGUGACACGGUUUGAGCUGUUCGCUAUGCAGGUUGAAUAUGUAGGGGUGGCCGUUCCACGAUGCCAAACCGAGAUGGCGGUAGACACGGUGUCAAAUGGU